UCAUCUCUGAAUUGUCUUACGAUGGGUCAAAAAUUGAUAAUCUGCUUGAGUUGUCUUCAAUUCUUGCUCAUAUUUUGCAUACCUGUGGUAAUUCCAUCUAGGAUUUUGUUUCUCCUCCCGCUGUCCGCGAGCUCGGAGUGCGCAUCCAUCCACAACCUUGCGGAAGAAUUACUCUACAAAGGACACACAAUUACGUGGGUGGCUUCCGUAGCGACAGAAACUCAGCAUGAAAAUUAUACAGAAAUUAUACCAAUUCCACCACCAGAAUUUCAUGAUUACUUGGGAAGUGAAAACGACAGUAUUCUCACUCAUCGUCUCAGAUUUAAGCAACUUAUCCCAAUUUUACUCGGUUGGAAACUUGACGCCACUAGUGCCCGAUGUCACGCAGUGUAUAAUCAUCAGCGCUUCCGUGAUCUAGUGUUGAAACCAGCACACAAAUUUGAUCUAAUUGUCAUUAACGGAAAUUUGCACCAUUGUCUCCUCGGUUUAGUGGUGGACACUCCGUACAUUGUCUUUCACAGCAUACCUUUCACAGGGAACGAGUUUCGUUUCUGGGGAAUCAGAAUGCCGCCAUCAUUCGUCCCAUUGUCCAUCUUAGAACUUGGAAAUCGCAUGACAUUUCCCCAACGUCUCCUCAAUCAUUUGACCGUCUGGGGGAUGUCUUUGACAUAUGAUGUAAUUAUUGGUAGUAGAGCUGAAGCCGUAUAUCGCUCCCACCUUGGAGAACAUCUCCCUCCAAUAUCCGACAUUGAGGGAAAUGUGUCCCUCAUUUUCUCCAAUAGCCACCCAGUCCUCUCCUUUCCUAGACCGCUUACUCCUGACAUGAUUGAGGUUGGGUGUCUCCAAUGCAGGAAAGCUUAUCCGCUCCCACCUGGAGAAUUGAAAAAAUGGGUGGAUGAGUCCGAUUUUGGGAUAGUUUACUUCAGCAUGGGCACCAUGUACCGCCUACAAACAUUUCCACCCCAACAUCUCUCUGCCAUACUCAACGUGUUGGGGGGUUUGAAAGAAAGAGUCGUUUUUGUCGGGGAUGUAGAAGAGAUCACGACUCGUGCGAAUAUGUCCAUUCCAACAAAUAUUCUGGUACAAUCAUUCGUACCACAGCAGGAUCUUCUUGGCCAUUCCAAGAUGAAAUUGUUCAUUUCGCACGUGGGGACUCAGUCGCACUUGGAAGCAGGAUAUCAUGGCGUCCCGCUCGUUGUGAUGCCAAUUUAUGGAGAUCAAGCAUUAGCAGCGGUACAUGUGCAGCAAGUUGGAACUGGAAUUCUGAUUGAAAUAUUGGAACUGACAGAGGCAACUUUUGGUGACGCUGUUAAUAAAGUGUUGCACGAUCAAAAAUACCGCCAAAAGGCCGAAUACAUUUCCAAAAUGGUUCGGGACCAGCCUCAGACAUCUCUGGAGAGAGCCACAUUUUGGACCGAGUACGUUUUGAGGCACGGCGGAGCGCAGGAACUGAGGUCAUCCGCAAGAGACCUAAAUGGCUUCCAGUACUACGGCCUAGACGUUGUUAUAUUUCUUGUUAGCUUUAUUUUGUCAGUCACCCUAAUAGCAUUAAAGGUUAGCAGGAUUAAGUCACUAGGACACGGUAACAGUGGCAAAGCACUGCUAACAAUCUGUCUUAUUUAUAUGUCAAUAGUUUGGUUAACUUAAUUUUGUACUAAUAAUUGUACAUAUUAAAUUUAAAAUUGAUCUAAAAUGACAAUUAUUUCCAUAAGUGUCAUACAUACGCAGGUUGGGUUCCUUUUUCUCCAGAAUUUUAGCAUAAUUGAGUUAUGUCUGCUGAAAAAAGAAAUAAAUAACCCUAAAAAUAUACGUACAUAUUAUUAUAUUUCACUACUAGAGAUUUUAGACUUUACACUUUUGGUAGGAUGUUUUUGGGGUUCGAUGGGGUUUUCACGAAGAAAUUAGAAAAAACACGCAUUCCUGAAUGGUUCACAAAACUUAUUUUACUUCCUGAAUUUAAUUUUUAUUAUUUUAAUAGUGAGGAAUAUUUACGACUCUCAUAUUGAUAAUUUACAUUCAAGUAAAUAAAUUCUGGCAAUCAAUUGAGAUAACCUGGAUAUUAUGUAUAAUGAAUCUGUAUGUAUAAAAUAAUGUCCCGUCAAUAAUUUAUGUGAUAAUGUUAUAUUAAGAGCUAUCUAGUUAAACUUGUGACUGAAUAUGUGAUCCUUUUACUAACUUAAGUAAGGUUAAUUCCUGAACACAAAGACUCAACAACUCGGCUGCAUCUUCAUCGCUCGGAAUAUACGCAGUGUCAGCACCCACAGUGAUAGACAAUUUAUUAAAGCUUGUUAAUACUCCAAAUACAAUUCCUGUAUUAAAAAACGUAUCAAUUAUGAAUUUAAUAAAACUGAGAGUUUCAUUUAUUAUCUAAA